GUGUGUGACCGUCGACGUUCGGCAGAAACCCUCGUGGCUCCGGUCGAGUUGCAUCCGACCGACAAGUUGUUAACUAACUCCUGGAUUAGCAGUUCUCGGAUCUGUAGCUCGGUAGCUUGCGGGAAAGGAAGGGAAACCUGGUUAUCCUUGGAAUAGGGCUAACUAGUGUUGCUGCGGCUAAGCCCGUAAUAUCUUCCGUGUCCCUAGUGAGUUCUCGCAGCUUGUACGCGGUGCAAAUACAAAGGGCAUCGCGAAGAGAGAGGAUCUCACAAGCACUCGACGCUUGCUGGCUGUUAAACGACAAGAUCGCGUAGAUGGAACGCACAAUGCAAUCGAAAGAAGAGAAGUGUCGAGAACAGUGCGUUCCGAUCUGACGACGAAGAGAUUCACGUGGAAUCGUGAACGCAUCCUCUUUGAAAAUUUGAUAAUUUGGACGAGUUUAUUUCUUUUGACGAAUUAACCGUUUGCAAAUAAUCCUCUGACAACCUUGCGACAUCACGCGUUUAUCACGGAGGAAGCCUUUGUUUCUUAUUCUUCACCGCAACAGCUUUUGUGUUUCCUGAAUAAUUUAGCGUCUCUGUGACGAUGGACGAGGAUGAUACCGAGGACUUGCGUGAAACGGUCACACUGGUGAACCGACUCUCCACAAAGAUCACUACCUCCAGCUCGUCGAAAUUCACCUCCAAGAUCAGCCAGCAGAUCUUGCGAGGGCAAGAGUCGGCCGAGGAUUCCGACACGAUGGAGUGCGCGUCCGAAAACGAAGUGGAGAACCUGCCGAAAGACGAGGACGCGUCGCGACAGUCGGUUAAGACGCGCAAGCUAUACGAGAAGUGCCGUCACUCGCUGGACAUUCCGGACGAUCCGGAAUUCCUGCGUAGAAAAACAACGGUAUCGUCCCUCCGUGUGAGCGACAGCUCGCGAGUGGGCCUCUUCACGGUGACGAAUCGCAGCCCGCAGUCCAGCUCCAGCCAGGAGGAAUACGAACCCGAGGUGAAGAGCAUCUCGAGGUUGCAGACUCAACAGCAACGUCAGCAACAGCAACAUUUGUUAACGGCCGGCGGCGUCAGCAGCCAGGUGACCGCAAGAUCGAUGGAGAGCCUGCGAUCGUCGAGGAACUUCCUGAGCGCCGACGAUCGUUACAGCGAGGACUCCAAGUCGAUGGAGUCGCUGUCGUCGUCCUCGGAGACGCACGUAGGCUCCUCCAAGACUCACUACAGAAGUUUCCUGACGUCGUCCACGAGGGACGUGCGCAGGAUAACGGUCGAGUCAAAGAGCAGCGAUAACCUGCAUCGGGAGGAGAGCUUGAACGCCGAGGUCAGGCGCGGUCUGUUCGCCAACACCGGUUUGGAGAGGAAGAUACCGCAACACCUGAGCCUGCCGCCGCCGACCAGCGUGUUCUCUCUGACCAGUCCAGGCGGUAGCGACCGCAGGAUCACGAUUCUGAGCCCGCAUUCGCCCCUGCAGACAUCGGAGUUUCAAUUCGCCCAGCAGACGCUCAAGAACCGGCGCAAGAAGGCCAUCGUAUUGCCGAGGUUGGUGUUGCCCCGAAGCGAAUCCGAGGUCUUUCUAGAUUUCGACGUGGAAAAUGGCGCCUCGACUUUGGACGGCGGCGCCGGCGGUGGCGGCGGCGCCUCGCCGAGCGCGGGGCUCGUUCUCCAGACGCUGCCCCAGAGGAGGGAGAGCUUCCUGUAUCGGAGUGACAGCGACUUCGAGAUGUCGCCGAAGUCGAUGUCUCGAAACAGCUCCAUCGCCAGCGAGAGGUUCAAAGAGACAGAGCUUCCUGUCGAGCGAGCGAUAUUUACCGAUCAGUACAGCCAUGGCGAGGACCUCAUCGUUACACCCUUCGCACAGAUUCUUGCUUCUCUGCGCUCGGUCAGGAAUAAUUUCUUGUCGCUCACGAAUGUACCGACGAACAAAUCACGAAGGAGUAGCGGCCAACAGGGCAGUAGUACGCCUCAGCCACGGAUUUUGGCGCCAGGAGAGGAGCCCUUCAUGAAGCUGGCUGUAGAAACGAUAGAGGAACUAGACUGGUGCUUAGACCAGUUGGAGACCAUUCAGACUCAUCGAUCCGUAUCGGACAUGGCAUCCCUGAAGUUCAAGAGAAUGCUGAACAAGGAGCUGUCGCAUUUCUCGGAAUCGUCCAAGUCUGGGAAUCAAAUCUCGGAAUACAUCUGCAGCACUUUCCUCGACAAGCAGCAGGAGCUGGAUCUGCCGUCUCUGCGAAUCGAGGAUGCGGUCGCAGCAGCGGGUAGCGCGGAUGCCCGGGCGGCGAAGAAGAAGGACCGCGCGCAGAGGGGCCCCGCUGCCAUGUCGCACAUCAGCGGCGUGAAACGGCCGUUGACACACACCAACAGCUUCACCGGGGAACGCGUGCCGGUCCACGGGGUGGAAACGCCGCACGAGGAGGAGCUCGGCAAGUUGCUCUCGGACAUCGACAAGUGGGGUAUCGACAUAUUCAGGAUAGGCGAGCUCAGCAGCAAUCGGCCCCUCACCUGCGUGGCGUACACGGCCUUCCAGAGUCGAGAUCUGCUCAAAUCGCUGGCGAUACCUCCCAAGACCUUCGUUACCUUUAUGAUGACCCUAGAGGAUCAUUACGUGAAGGAUAAUCCCUUCCACAAUAGCCUCCAUGCAGCCGAUGUGACCCAAUCUACUCACACUCUGCUCAACACACCCGCACUCGAGUCCGUGUUCACGCCGUUGGAGAUCACCGCUGCAUUAUUCGCGGCUUCCAUCCAUGAUGUAGACCAUCCUGGACUCACGAAUCAGUUCCUCAUUAACUCAAGUUCCGAGCUCGCGCUGAUGUACAACGACGAGUCGGUGCUCGAGAAUCAUCACUUGGCGGUCGCGUUCAAGCUGCUGCAGAAUGAGGGCUGCGACAUAUUCGUGAAUAUGACGAAGAAGCAACGCCAGACGCUGCGGAAGAUGGUCAUCGACAUGGUCCUCUCGACAGACAUGUCGAAGCAUAUGUCGCUGCUGGCCGAUCUGAAGACCAUGGUGGAGACGAAGAAGGUCGCCGGUUCCGGUGUGCUGCUGCUCGACAACUACACCGAUCGUAUCCAGGUGCUGGAAAAUCUGGUGCACUGCGCCGAUCUGUCUAACCCGACAAAACCAUUGGCUCUUUAUCGACGAUGGGUGAGCCUGUUGAUGGAGGAGUUCUUCCUGCAAGGCGACCGCGAGCGGGAGCAGAACAUGGACAUCAGUCCGAUGUGCGAUCGGCACAGCGCGACCAUCGAGAAGUCGCAGGUCGGCUUCAUCGAUUACAUCGUGCAUCCACUCUGGGAGACCUGGGCAGACCUGGUGCAUCCGGACGCGCAGGAGAUCCUGGACACACUCGAGGAGAAUCGCGACUGGUACCAAUCGAUGAUACCGCCAUCGCCGCCGUCCGACGAUCAGCAACAGUUAGCGACGAACGAAGGUCAACAGCAGCAAGACAGGAUACACUUUCAGGUGACGUUGGAGGAGGGUGACGAGACCAGCGAGGCUGUAGAGGGCGGUGACACAAGGGCCGGCGAUGACGGCGGUGGCGGCGAGUUCUCCAGCGAGGACCCGGGCGGUGAGACGGAGGAGAACGCCACGGAGGCUGGGAUGUGA